AUGGACUUCGGAGGAAGUUCAUCGAAGCCAAAGAACAACAAAAUCUACAUCGCUUCUGUGCCAAAGGAGGGUCACUGGGCGUUCAAAUAUAUUCAGAAUGGGUAAGGAUUUAUCUUUUUCCCUUUCUCUAUGUUGUAAGGCUUGUCGAUUACAUCCAAAAGCCAUUUUUGGGAAUUAUUAUUAUUAUUAUUUAUUUAUUUACGUUUAUUUUAACGUGGAGAAGAGAGAGAGAGAGAGAAAAAAAGAAGGGGAGGGAUGUGGGGGAGUUGGGGGGAAUAAAUGGGGAAUCUUCAGCUACUUGCCCGCGCAAAAGGAAAGAGAUGAUCAUUUAACAGAUGCCUGUGCCAGAUUCAUCUUUGAUAAGACUCUGUGUAUAAAAAAGUUGUGUCUUAGCUUCGAUUUUGGAGUCUUCCAUCGGUAAACGUCACUCCGUCUAGUCCGUGUAGUGUUUAAGCGUAAGAAAAAGUCAUCCGGAUUGAUGUCGACUUUGUUAGCUAACAAUUUGAUUAAAAACUUCUUAUGAAUGAACAUGAAUGAACAUUUAGAAAAGUUGCACCCAAAUUAACUUGCAGAACCUGUCGGGCGGAAGAUAUUCCCCUCAGAGUGGCUCCGAAGUCAGCCAGGAAGCCGCCGGCGGUGAACGUUCAUCCGGAGGAACCGUACCAUCAGGAGCAGCUGCACCGUCCACCAAUCUGGUAUCGACCAGACGAGCCGUCGCAGUACCAGGAGCAGUUGGGCGCGAAGAACCAUCUGAAUGGUCCUAGUAACGCAGCAUUUGGCCAGGAAGAUCAGGAGCAGCAGUUGCGCUCACCGAUUUGGUACAGACCGGAGGAGCCGUGGCGUUCAAAUCUAUAUCAGGAUCAGUUCGGCGCAGUGAACCAGCAGAAUGGUCCGAGUAGCUCAGCAUUCGGACAAGUGGAGCCGGAGCAGCCGUGGCGUCCAGGACAAUUGUGGCAGCAGUUCUACGGCGCUCCGAGAAAUCAGGAUGGACCCAGUACCUCAGCAGUCCGCCAGGAGGAUCCGGCUGGCUUUCAGUACCGCCAGGAACUGUCAGCUCUCGGCCACGAGCAGCUCUACGGCUCUGCUCGCUUCGAGUACCGCCAAACGGUCCCCUACAGCUCACGCUCGAACUCGCCGUCUGCUCUCGCGCCGGACUACUGCUGCUACGACGAGCUCGUUUUUGAGGACAGAGAAUACCAGCCGCCGGGACCGGACAACGAGAAAAGAAGACGCAAACGGUCAGUGAACGUUUUCAUUCCUUCAAUAACUAUUCUAUCUUUUCAGACAUGCGCAAAACGAGAGAAAGAAGGCGUGGAAAGAGGCGCUGCGCAACGAGGAUCCGGAAGUGACGGCCGCCCGUUAUGCGGCUCACGUCGGAGAUUGGGGAGACGAAAAGUGGGAGGAAGGGGAAGCCGAUUGGAUCAUGGACAUGUGA